CCGUCCUGCGCACCGCCUGCCCUCAAGAACUGUACUGGAGACGGAUAGGAAACCCCGCUGCAGAGCCCGAGCGCCGGCCUUCGCUCCGACCCAGUCUCCUCCUGUUCGUUUAGAAGUGUCGCUAAAGGAUUAAUGAGCCAAAAAGGCACCCAGCUUCUCCUUUAAGGCUCAUUUCUGCGUUUUUCGGCUUUACGCCUGGACUGCCUUACGUCUUCCCUUUCCUAUUCACUUCAUUCGAGGAUACCUGUACCUCUACUGAUGGAACAGGGUCACUCCAACGUUCUCCUGCAGCCGCCCAACACCACCUAACAUUUCCUGGAGAAACGUGUCCAUUGCCUGCUCCCAACAAACAUGGACUGUUUUCCCAUGCUUUAUUUUCUGUCGAGACAUCAUGAUUCCUGGUAAUCGAAUGCUGAUGGUCAUUUUAAUAUGCCAAGUCCUGCUGGGAGAGAGCAACCAUGCUAGUCUGAUACCUGAAGAAGGGAAAAAGAAAGUACCGGGCCUGCAGGGUCGUUCGGCCGCUCAGAGCCAUGAACUGCUGCGGGACUUCGAGGCCACGCUGCUGCACAUGUUCGGCCUCAAGAGGCGGCCGCGGCCCAGCCGCUCCACCACCGUGCCUCGCUACCUGCUGGACCUCUAUCGGCUACAGUCGGGGGAGGCUGAGGAGGCUGGAGGGCAUGACAUUGCCUUUGAGUACCCAGAGAGGUCAGCCAGCCGGGCCAACACUGUGAGGGGCUUCCACCAUGAAGAGCACAUGGAGAGGGUGCAUGACGAUGGAGAGACCGUGCCCCUUCGCUUCCUGUUCAACCUCAGCAGCAUCCCAGAGGACGAGCUGCUCUCUUCGGCCGAACUUAGGCUCUACCGUCAUCAGAUUGAUGAAGCCAUCGCUGAUACCCUCUCAGAUGAGCAGGGGCUUCACCGGAUAAACGUGUAUGAGGUGUUGAAGCCCCCACGGCCCGGGCAGCUCAUCACACAGCUCUUGGAUACACGGCUCGUCCACCACAACACAUCACGCUGGGAGAGCUUCGAUGUCAGCCCUGCCGUGCUGCGCUGGACUCGUGAGCGCCUCCCAAAUUACGGGCUGGCUGUGGAGGUCCUGCACCUCAACCAGACACCGAGCCACCAGGGCCGACACGUCCGCAUCAGCCGUUCACUACACCAGGAGCCUGGCGAGGACUGGGAGCAGCUACGCCCCCUCCUGGUAACCUUUGGCCAUGACGGGAAGGGUCACCCGCUGACCCGCCGGACCAAGCGCAGCCCCAAGCAACGGGGCCGUAAACGUAACCGCAACUGCAGGCGCCACGCACUGUACGUGGACUUCAGCGAUGUAGGCUGGAAUGACUGGAUAGUGGCGCCCCCUGGUUACCAGGCUUAUUACUGCCACGGGGAAUGCCCCUUUCCUCUGGCAGAUCAUCUAAACUCAACCAACCAUGCCAUUGUUCAGACACUGGUGAAUUCUGUGAACAACAACAUUCCCAAGGCCUGCUGUGUGCCAACAGAGCUCAGCGCCAUCUCCAUGCUCUACCUAGACGAACAUGACAAGGUGGUCCUAAAAAACUACCAGGAAAUGGUAGUGGAGGGCUGCGGCUGCCGCUAACACACACACACACACAAACUAACUAGAACUUGGACUUGGACUGGCGACUUGAAAAAAGCAACAUGGACGCUAAAGCAAAUCAGAAGGUCUUUACUCCCAAAAAUGUUCACUUGGACCCUUAUUUAUAACUUUUAUGUUGAGGUGUAUGUUUGUCUCACUUUUUUUUUUUUUUUGUUUCUUUGACAAUAUGAUCAUAUAUUUUGACAAAAUAUAUAUAUAUAUUUAUAUCUACAUAUUAAAAAUAAAUUGAGUUCUUAUUUUAAACAACAAAAAGCUGUACAACUUUUCAUAAUGUACAUUAGAUUGUAUAAGUUUUUUUAUUGAGAAAAUAGUAAAAACAAUCUAAAACGUAAAGUUUAUUUACUUGUAAUAUUUAUUGCUUUCAUAUUAUAUACAUUUUGGAGAGAAAAAUAAAAACAUGAAUUGCU